AUGCCUCCCUCCUCGGGAAUCUAUCUCACGGAAAGGAUUCCCUCGCGCCGUGGACAAGAAGACAGCAAACGACGCAGAGACCAGUCAUCUCCCAAUCGUUCCGUACCAGUCAGAAAGCGAGCAAAAACCCAAUCAACUGUGCCUCUCAGUCGCUCCUCCACUGCCCAGCUUUACGUACGAGAUUUGGAACGAAUUCCUCCUCGCCUCGGUAACCUGUCCCGAUCGAGCUUGCCACAAAGAUUGUGCUCCGCGGCCCGGUCUCCUUCUUCCCCCUUUGGACGGGGCGCUGUCUCUCCAACAUAUGUCCUGGCAUAUACUAGGACAUAUGCCAGGUGCUUGUUCGAGAUGGGCCAUCCAGCGCCUUGGACGAAGGGCGUCCCAACUGUACGGAUCGGGCCCACUGGACGAAAAAGAUGUGCUCAGACACCGAGAGGCACGCGCCCGCAUGCCACUGCGCUUUGCUCGACAGGCGAUGCGGGAUGCCAUCUCCGCCAGCCGAUGCCCACAUCGCCCUUGCACUGUCUGUGUGAGUGA